UAGCGGCUCUAGUUGCCCAGGGAAACCUAACGAAAGCGUAGAAGCCCAUUCUCUACACUCCCUUCCCAGCACCGAGUUCGUAGUUUAAGUAGGAGUGCGGACGAGCGGACGUGAGGUGAGGAAUGGACGAGAUUGACGAGUCCGGAGAGGGUCAGGUUUCUUCAGAAACCACAGAACCCAGAGUCGUGGAGGCACCAGAUGGCUCCCAGGGAGAUGGCCCGGGCGGAGUGGGGCCGGGGGAGAAUGCUUCGAUAGUGGAGCCCUCGGAGGGUGGAGAGCGCAGCGAAGCCGCAGAGACUGAGCCAGGAGGCACGGAGGAGGCGGAAGAAGCAGAGGAAGGGGAGGAGGGGGAGGAGGCUCAAGAGGCCGAGGAGGCCGAGGAGGCCGAGGAGGCCGAGGAGGCCCAAGCGACCGAAGCUGCGGAGGAGGAGGAGGAGGAAGAAGAGGAGAUGGGGCAAGAAGCCGAGGUGGAGGAAGAAGAGGAAAUGAUGACAUCGACCUUCUCGGAAUCCGAAGAGAUCGAAGGCGAGGUUUCGGAGUCGGUCGAAGUUCCCAGCGAGGUCUCAAGAGAAGAUGUGCUGGAGGAAAAGCGGUCCGCGGUGCCGCUAGCACUGAUCGCGGAAAAAGAAAGCGAUGUGUUCUCGGAAAUCCCUGUAGAACCACCAGAAGAAGAAGAAGAAGAAGAAGAAAAAGAAGAAGAAGAAGAAGAGUACGAGCCUGAAGAACAGGCCAUUUCCGAGGAGGCCCAGCUGAAGCUGCAGGAGCAGCAGCUGCGCGGCGAGCUCCUGGAGCAGUAUCGCGGGCUGAUCUCCGAGCGCAACCGGAUCCACCAGUACAAUAUGCAUCUGCAGCACAAGAUCGCGCUGGCGCUGCGCAAGAAGAAAGGCGGUGUUGAGACUGAGGUGACGGAGAAGCCCCCAGGGGAGGGGGAUACCCCCGAGAAAGAGCAGACCUACCAGCGCUACCUGAACUCCCUGGAGGAGCUGAAGAAGCAGCACAGUGAAGACAUGGAGUGGUACCAGCGGGAACUCGAAGAGCUCCGUCAGCACUGCCAGGAGAAGUUGGCUAAAGUGGAGAAGGAGUGGAAGUCCUUCCAAAUCCUCAAGAAGCAGGUGAUCCUGCAGGCCAUGGGCACAUGCAGUUUACCUGGGGGGAAGCAGGCUGCCCUGCGGGAGGUGGAGCAAAUCCAGGAUGUAGAGGACCGUAAGGAGAAGGAGAUGAGCGUUGUCCGCCUGGAAAACGUGCAGCUGAAGCAGGCUUUGGCUCAACUAGAGGCCAGGAUGAAGGCACAGGAGGAGUUGACAGAGGGGCUCCACCUCAUCGACUUUGAGCAGCUCAAGAUAGAGAAUCAGACCUUCAAUGAGAAAGUGGAGGAACGCAAGGAGGAGCUCCUAAAACUACACCACAAAGUCACCAGCAACGUCCAAAUAAUCACCCACGUGAAGGAGAAAUUACAGUUUGUGGAACUUGAGAAUUUGGGCCUCAAGUCAGAGCUCAUGGAAAUUGAUGCUCAGGUGGCCCAGAAAAGGGACAUCUUGACAAAGACUAAGAAGGCCAGGGACAGCCUUCGAGUUGAUAAUGUCAAGUUACAUCAGAAGUGUGGACUUCUAGGAAAAGAGAUGCUCCUUCGUGACCUGGAACAAAAGGUGGACCAAACAGAGUUGCUUAGCCAACGGCUAGAAACACUUAAGCGCCAGCAUGCUGGACUGACACUCUCUUGCAAGGGACUCAAACAGAAAAUAAAGGAAUCCAAAGCAUUUCUACCAUCCUGAACAUCAAAAACAAUUCAUGUGGAUCGACCAAAGGCAAAACUUUUUCAGUUUUCAUAAGGAACUUAACCUUUAGUGGACUUAUUUUUCAAUAGGUUCCAUUCUUUAAGAGGCUUGUGGUAGUUUAAAGAAAGGGGGGAAACCCAUAUUUAAUAUUUUUUGAAAAAUGUAAUAACUUAAAAUUGUUAAGAUUAGUGCUGGACACUAAACUUAGACAAUUCAAUUUUAAAUGGGUUGAAUAUCUUAUGAAUUGAAAAUAGGGCCAAAGAAUCCAAGUAAGGUAGUUGAUUAAAUUUAUCUCUAGGGUAGAUAUAAAGAACAAAACUUACCAUUUCAAAUCACCAGCCACUACUGAAUGUGUAUUUCACUUUGAGGAAGUACACAGAAAGAACCAGAAUCCUCUCCAGUAAAAAGAGGCAAGGAAGGCAGGGAGAGAGAAAACUAAAAUAUUCCCAUGCAUAAGGUGAAUUAAAUUUUUCCCCUAAAAUUGUUACUUCUUCUACUAUACUCAUUAACUCUCUUUAUAAAAUACCUCUUAAAUUAUUCACAAAUUUUAUUUUAGAACUACCAUUCACUUAAGUAAUCAAUUAAGUUUAAUUUACAGACAUGAAAGAAAUAAUAGAAAUAAUUAGAAAAAUUAAGUAGCUUUUUUUCCUCAAACAUACUUUUUCUUCCUGGCCAAGGACAACUUCUCUGAAUACUACUAGCAUUAGUCUUAGCCUUAAAUUGUGUUCCUAUUCUGAUUAUCUCAAAUCUUCUAAAAAAAAGUCAUUAGCCUUCCAAGAGUUUAUUUACAAUGGAGGAGAUGGGCAAAAAAAGGGCAUGGUUUAGUGGAUAAAGUCAAUAUUAUCAAGCAUUGCAUAAAAACAAUGUCUGUACUUUGUCCAGAAAUGAAUAAAAGGGCAGGAAUUUUUUUUAAGGCAAAGGUCCUCAAAUCUUGAUAACGGAGCCAAAGGUUGCACCAAUAUAUAUAUGUACAUAUAUAUAUAUUUUUUUAAAGCAUUCUCUAUAUGUAUCAUAUACAUGUGAGCAAUCUAGAAUCAAUGAGAUUUUAAUUUAGUAUUUAUAGAUUGAUUACACUGGGAUACUGACUUUCAGUUUUAGAUUUCUAAGGGAACCAAAGAUCUCAUGAAUGGGCUACUCAACUCAUGAUGAUGUCAGAUGAACCAUAUCAAAAUAAGAGGUCUGGAAAAUUAUACUUUGAAGUUAAAUAUUUUUGGUCUUGCUAUUGUUGGAGACUCCUUUUUAAAAUAUUAUAAGCACUCUCUUGGUGGUAUCACUUAUGUUCAGUUUGGAGUUAAUAAAGAUGAAUUAAAAUAUC